GUAGGGGCUAGCUGUCCGCAGUUGCCAAGCUGCGGCGACCCAGGCGGGAUGGUGUAGCCGGGCCUGCAAGCGGGAGGGCGGGGGCGGGGGUGAAGCGGCCGGCGACGGCCGACGCCGCCAUUCGGGCUCGGGUGUAGGGGCAGCACGCUGAGGGGGCGUCGCCGCCGCCGGCCCCCGGAGCCGCCGCGGGAGGCCGCGCCCGCCAUGGCGGCCCGGGCGGUGCUGGACGAGUUCACGGCGCCAGCCGAGAAGGCGGCGCUGCUGGAGCGGAGUCGCGGCCGAAUCGAGGGGCUGUUCGGUGUCAACCUGGCUGUGCUCGGCGCGCUUGGAGCCGAAGAGCCGCUGCCCGCGCGCAUCUGGCUGCAGCUCCGCGGGGCGCAGGAGGCGGUGCACAGCGCCAAGGAAUAUAUCAAGGGAAUCUGUGAACCUGAACUAGAAGAAAGAGAAUGUUAUCCCAAGGCCAUGCACUGCAUUUUUGUUGGGGCACAGAGCCUGUUUCUGAAGAGCUUGAUUCAGGAUACUUGUGCUGACCUCUGUGUUCUUGACAUUGGUCUUCUUGGCAUCCGAGGAAGUGCUGAGGCUGUAGUUAUGGCCAGGAGUCAUAUUCAGCAAUUUGUAAAGCUCUUUGAGAAUAAUGAGAACCUACCCAGUAGUCAGAAGGAAUCAGAGGUGAAAAGGGAAUUCAAACAAUUUGUUGAAGCCCAUGCAGAUAAUUUUACAAUGGAUUUGUUGAUUUUGCCCACUUCCUUGAAAAAAGAACUUUUGACUCUCACACAAGGUGAGGAGAAUCUAUUUAAAACAGGAGAUGAUGAUGUUAUUGAAAUUAGAGAUGCUCAACAGACAGAAUUUACACAGAAUGCUGCCACAGGACUGAAUAUUUCUAGAGAUGAAAUUGUUUUGCAGGAAGAUGCGAGAAAUAAAGCUGGGACUCCUGUUUCUGAGCUUACAAAACAAAUGGACACAGUCUUUUCUAGUUCACCAGAUGUGCUUUUUGUUCCAGUAAAUGGUCUAAGCCCAGAUGAAGAGGCACUUUCCAAAGAGAGAGUUUGUCACAAAAGGAGAUUUUCUGAUUCAGAGGAAAGGCAUACCAAGAAGCAGUUUUCUUUAGAAAAUGUUCAAGAGGGAGAGCUCUCGCAUGAUGGCAAGACAUCUGCUGAAAAUGUAAUCAUUGACCUAUCUGAUCCUUCUGCUGAUUCUGAAAAUUUAAGUCCAGAUGUAAAAGACACUACUGAGGAAAUGGAAUACAAUAUCCUCGUAAACUUUUUUAAAACCAUGGGCUAUUCUCAAGAAAUCGUUGAAAAGGUCAUUAGGGAGUAUGGGCCUUCUACCGAACCAUUAUUGCUAUUAGAGGAAAUUGAAAAAGAAAAUAAAAGGUUUCAAGAAAACAGAGAAUUUUCACCUAGUACUACUGACACCAAUAAAACCAAAAGUAAAGGUGUUUGUAGCAACAUAAAUGACCUCACAACAGAUUCCACUCCAAAGAAAACGCAGAGUCACAGUCAGCAAAAUAUGGUAGAAAAAUUUUCUCAGUUACCAUUCAAAACAGAAGGUAAACCAUGUACCUCAAAUUGCAAAAUUAAUACCUUCAGAAUAGUGCCAAUAGAACAGAAACAUGAAAUCUGGGGUUCAAACCAGAACUAUGCUUGUAACAUAGACAUUGAAACUGAUGGCCUUUCACCUUCUGCUCCUUCAAGUCCCAAAGACGUCAAUUUUGUUUCAAGGGGAGCUUCAAGUCACCAGCCCAGAAUUGCGGUUUUUCCUGAAAAUGGUUUGCAACAGCAAGCAGAACCUUUGCUUUCAAAUAAUAUGAAAUCUGCCUGUGAAAAACGUCCAGGACACUGUAGCUCUCCCCAGUCUAAGCCAAAUUGUCCACCCCUUUCUCCACCGAAGCCACUACCCCAGCUAUUACCUUCAGUUACUGAUGCAAGGUUGGCAGGACCUUCUGAUCAUAUUGAUUCCUCAGUUACGGGGGUUCAAAGGUUUCGAGAUACUCUGAAAGUACCCUACAAGCUGGAAUUAAAAAAUGAACCAGGGAGAAUGGAUUUGAAGCACAUUGUUAUAGACGGGAGCAAUGUUGCUAUUACCCAUGGUCUAAAAAAGUUUUUUUCUUGUCGUGGAAUUGCAAUUGCUGUUGAAUAUUUUUGGAAGCUUGGCAACAGAAACAUUACUGUGUUUGUCCCUCAGUGGAGAACAAGGCGUGAUCCUAAUGUCACAGAGCAGCACUUCUUAACCCAGCUCCAGGAGCUUGGAAUAUUAUCUUUAACUCCUGCCCGGAUGGUCUUUGGAGAAAGAAUUGCAUCUCAUGAUGACAGGUUUCUGCUACACUUAGCCGACAAAACUGGUGGCAUAAUUGUAACAAAUGAUAACUUCAGAGAAUUUGUGACUGAGUCAGUCUCUUGGCGAGAAAUUAUUACAAAAAGAUUGCUUCAGUAUACAUUCGUGGGGGACAUAUUUAUGGUUCCUGAUGAUCCUCUGGGAAGAAGCGGACCUCGAUUAGAAGAAUUUCUUCGGAAAGAGGUCUUUCUUAGAGAUAUGCAACCCCUGCUCAAUGCCCUGCCGAAUGUGGGCAUAUUUGACCCCAGCUUCAGGGUUCCUGGCACCCAGGCAGCCAGCACCAGCCACCAGCCUCCAGGCCGGAUUCAGGGAGCCUCUCCAAGCCACUGGCUUCCUCAGCAGUCCCACUUCCCGCUCCUGCCAAACCUGCCCAGUGUCCAGCAGAACCUGCCCAUGCCAGCACAGAGAUCUUCUGCAGAAACCAGCGAGCUAAGGGAAGCCCUGCUGAAGAUCUUUCCUGAUUCUGAGCAAAGACUGAAAAUUGACCAGAUCUUAAUAGCCCAUCCGUACAUGAAAGAUCUGAACGCGCUGUCUGCCAUGGUGUUAGAUUGAAGACUGCUGAGAAGCUUGAGCUCAGGGCCAACUGAUCAAACUCGAGCUGAUGGCUGUUCGUGAUGGGAAGUACCAUAAUGUGAAAAAGCCUGUUUCCCAGUGUAAACAUUGUUGUAGUGUAUAAAGAAAGAGAAAAAAGAAAAGAAAAAAAGAUGUUUUGUGUAUACAAAAAUCUGGGUUUUCAAAACCAGCUUUUUUCUAUAUAUAAAUUAUGCUGCUAUUACAGAUUUAACAUUUUCUGUAAAAGGAAAGUACAUUUUCUGCCUGUUCAGAACUGUUUUAAUAGCAGUUACUCUUGAGUGUAUUUACAUUUUUAUGUUUUUUAAACUAUUUUCCUUAAAGCUAAAGAUAUUGACAAAUGGAUAUGAUUAGCAUUUCUAAAUAAAAAAGAGUUGCUUUCUUAAGGAAAGCAAGACCUCUUAAAGUAUAUUUUCUUGAGGUGAAUAUAACCUGUCCACUAACAUAGAGUGUGCUCCCCCUUUCUGCCACCUCUGCCCACCCCUGGGAGUUGGGGUUGGUUUCCUCUUUUGUUAGAGCCAUUUGAGAGUGGACAAGUGGUGCCACUAGAUGGCACUUUGUGCCUAGCCAUUGUUAAUGACCAGGGCAAAGUUAGACUCACAGAAUAUCGGGGCUAGAAGAAGCUUGAGAGCUCGUGUGGUCCCGCUUUUCUUCCCUUUCCACCCUAUAGAAGAAGCAACUGAGGCCCAAAGUGCUCACUGUCAGGACAUGCCCACAGCUGCCAUAGCAGAGCAACCAGGCAGGGGCAGACUCCUCACCCAGUGCUGUGACACACUCACCUCACCUGGGCCUCCACACACCCUACUUAACUCCAGAAGUCUCGUCUCAGCCUCAGAAGACGUGUUUAUUGAAGGACCCCAUUUUUGUGGCAAGCUUUUGUCCACAACCAUGGGAGAUGCCCAAUGUGGAGUUUGUACAGCUUUGCCAAAAACAUUUCUAUUCUCAAGAAUGACCCCAGCCAAUAAAUAGCAUUAAUAGCCUCUAUGGGGCCCAGAGCCCCUCAGUUUAUUUUUAUGUGUUCUUCUCUUUGGUAUGCUGUUAGCAACUCUUCCUGUGAGUCUUUCCCAGAGCUAAUUUAGUAUUGUCUGAUUUCAGUGUUGCUCAAAUUCUGUCAGUGAAGUUUCUUUCUGAUUAUUCCUAACAUCUUUACUAUUACUGAACCUUCAAAGGGCUUUGUAUUUUAUAUCUGCACUCUUCCUAGUCUGCUCAUGGUCAGUGUCUUGUCUGCCCUAUGACUCAUGUCUCUUCCACCCAGAAAUAGUGGCUGAGGGCUCGCUGCUGGUGUUCAUGGUGUGGGACCUGGGUGGCCACAAGAGAGGAAUCCAGAGCCCUCCAGGUGGCCAGACUUGUAUUUUAAUCAUGUUUUUGUUCAGAUGCCUUGACAAUGCAUUUUAAUGCAAAACUAGGUGUCAUCUGUCACUUUGGGCAGGUGGCCAAUUCAGCCAGCUGUGGAAGUAGAGGCAGAAGACUUGAAGUGAGCCAGGGAGGUGACUUUAGUCAUAGUUACCUGGGCCUCAGCUUCAUGGCUGGUUGUUUCCGGAAGCACAGCUGAGGUGGGAGGACUGGGGCCAGCUUGUAACUCUGACCUCCAGGCUCAGGAUUUAGUCCAGUUUCCCACCAAUCCCCUUGUUUCUCUUCCAUGUCAGAAAAGAGACACAGGAGACUCAUCCUGAUUGCCAGGGCUGAGCUCUCAUUAAUGCCAGGUGGAGUUGGCUGGACUGAGGCGGUCAUGAGUUUUCUAGGCUCUAGAAGCAGUUUGAACUUAACCUUUGAGUUCUGUAAGCCUUCAUGUUCUUGGUAUUGGGGUUUUUUUUUUUUUUUUUGGUGGGGGGGGAUGGGGCACUCUGUACCAAUGAGCUACAUUUCCAGUCCUUUUUUAUUUUUUGAGACAGGGUCUUGCUAAGUUGUUGAGGCUGGCCUCAAACUUGUGUUGCUGGGAUUAUAGGCAUGUACCACUGUGCCCAACUUCCCCCACCUCACCCCAGGGCUUCGCACACACCAGGCAAAUUGCUAUAACAGUUACAUCUGAAGCCCUUUUUGAGAUAGGUCUUGCUAAAUUGCCCAGUCGUCAUACUUUUGUGUGUGUGUGUGUGAGGCUGGGCCUUGUGCAUUGGAGGCAAACAUUCUACAAACUGAGCUAUAUCCCUAGCCCCUCCUCAUACUUUUGAUCCUCCUGCCUCAACCUCCCUAAUAGGUGGGAUCAUAAUUGUUUGCAACAGGGGCUUAGUAUUGUUUCUGAGAGAUCUACUUGCCCCCUUCCCUUGGAUGUGGGAGGAAAGAGGAGGUGUGGAAGAGUACAGAAAAACAUUAUGUUGUAAAUUAUAACAUGAAAUGUAAUUGACAUUCUUUUCCUAAAAUUAAUUUUGUUUGUUUAAGUUAAAUAUUUAAAACCUCAUUAAGAAAACCAGUAUCAAACUGUUAAAGAAAGCUCAUGACCUCUUAGCUGCUUCCUCUUAACUGGCUCAGAGAUUCGUAGAUGCUCUACCUCCUGUGUAGAUGUCUCCCAGCUCUGACCUUAGGAGUGCCAGCAGUAGCACUUCCUUGUAAUCGUAAUUCCUUCUUGCUUUUAUAUGGAUUGGCUCUGCCUUCUGUGUGUCAUGGCAUUUGUGCAAGGUGGGGCAGAGUAUGUCACUCAUUCAGCCUACAAAGUGUCUGAGGCUCAGAGUGAUUGUCCAGGUCAAAGCCCAAGUAGCUGGUGGAGCUGAUUGAUUCCUGAUCCUAUAUUUUGGGCCCCAAGAUAACCACCUCUAGGAAUAAAAAAGUCUUGAUCUGUCAAAUGGCAUGUGUUUGAGACCCUAAAGACUGCCAGUCAGGAAAACCAAAUGCAUCUCAGCCAUCCUGGGUGAGGGGGCAGCAUUGUUGGACAGACUUGCCUCUGUGGCCAGGGCCUCUGGCAGGGUGCCGCUUUUAGUAUCAGUGAGAGGAGGAAUGGAGUCACUUUUGUAGGCUUGUGGCACUUGUGGAAUGUGAAGGACAACUUCAUGGUCUACACAUGGAAACUAGGGCUCUCCAUGUUGCUCUUCCUACCCCUGCCACAUGCCCCAUGCCUCCCGCCAAAUGGGCAAUCACUCCAAGCACUGGGCUUCCCUUGCCUCUGGGGCGUGGCCUUCUAUUGGGAAUCUCUUCCCCCUCCAUCUCUUCAUCAGUCUUCUUCAUCCUCACCUGUCCUUUCCUCCAGUAUCUGAGCAAUCCUAACUGUAAUUUAUACAGUUACUCUGCUUACCUCCAUUUUUUUAAUCUCCAUUUCUUAUUAUCUACCUCCCCAUCAUUCUCCACAUAUUUCUGAUCCUUUCUAUUAAAAUAAAAGCCUGAUUUCCUUCAAGUCAUGUUCAUUCCUUGCUGAUACUCCCACCAACUUCCCACUCUUCACUUCCUGGUUUGCAAACUUCGUUUCUACCCUGCCACUUGAAAGUAGCCUAAGAAAAAUAUCCAGGGUUAACAGAUUGCCAAGUUCAGAGGCCUUUUCUCAAUUCUUCAUCUUAGUGUGUACACUCAACAACCGUAACAUCUGAUACCAUUGGUUAUAUUGUCCACAUUUUCCCCUUUUUGGGUGGGGGACGGAGGAGGGUUGCUGGGGAUUGAACACAGGGGCCUUGUGCAUGCAAGGCAAGCACUCUACCAACUGAGCUAUAUCCCCAACCCCUCCUCUUCUUUUAUCUAAAGACCAAUCCUUAAUACCUUCUUGUUGUCAACAAGAGAUUCCCAAACUUUGGGUCACCUAUGAGGCUCUCCUUAAAAAAGCAUAUUGGGACUGGGGAUGUAGCUCAGUGGUAGAGGAUUUGCCUAGCAUACACAAGGCCCUGGGUUUAAACCCCAGCACUGGAAAUAAAAAAGAUUAAAAAUGCAGAUUACUGGGCUCCAUUCCCAGAGACAUAGAUUCAGUGCCUAUGGAGGAAAACCUGGGAAUCCACUGUUUUAGGACACUCCCUGGGUGACUCCCAUUCAGGUGGUUCAUGGACCACGAAAAACUACAUUCACCCUUAGGGGUCACUACUCUUCUCUAACUCUACUACCGUUCUGUCUCCAGCCCUGGGGAAACCUCAAACUCCCUAGACCCUUGGCCUAUAUGGGUUGUCCUUUCUCCUUCCCCACCCUGACCCUCCUUGAGGUCCCCUGUAUCUACCCUUGCCCUCUGCUCACCACUGCUGAUUGGUCAUUCUCAUGUCCUCUCCAUGGGCAUUGGAUCCUGACUGCUCAGCCUACCUCUUUAUUUCUCCCUCUUCCAGAAUGCUCAGUGUUUCAGGUUUAUCUUCCAGAAACCCACUUCUGGCCACCCCUCUGAUUUCCAGUGUUGUAACCAGAGCACCAAGUUCAGAGCCCCUGAGCCUAGUCAUUCAUGACUGCCUGCCUUCUGGCCAUACUUGAUUGUCCACUUUGUGUACUGUACCCAAAUGCUCACUCCUGCCCCACAGAUUUCCUCAGUUCCUGUGGGCUCCUGCCUGUGUAUGUACCUCUUUCUCUGCUAGAAAUGCCUUUCUUCCACAUGGCUUCCCUUCUCAGAAGUCCAGCCCUGAGUUCUCUUUGUACCUUGCCCAGUGCUCUGACUAGAAGCAGCCCCAUGGUGUCCUGUGGCCCCACAGCACUUUGUGUCUCGCUUCCAGCACUUGUGGCUCCGGCUGGUGUUGCUGCAGCUGAUUGUGUACUGUGUCUUACCUCCCUCUAGACUGUGAGCUCCUCGCGGGCAGGGACCGUCUGUGUUCCCUCUUUGUAUUUCCAGUGGCACCUAGCACAGUGCCUUGCACUUGAUAGGUGCUCAAUAAAUGUCUGCUCUAGUGAACUGGA